GAAGAAACAUCAACAUACAGAUACCUGAAAGUAAACAGAACAUUUAAGCCCCUCCCACUGGGUCAACGCAGAUCACUUCAUCCUCUGCGUCAGCUGCACCCGGACGCCAUAGUUCCUGUUGUGCUAAAACUAGGAAGAGCUUAAAGACGAGGUUCAUAGCACUCCAUGAUGGACUCCAGGUCUCGGAGACUUCCGUUUUGUCUGUCCAGCUCGAGACCCUCCUACAGCUCCACUCCAACAACGUCCACGUCACUGGGCUCCAGUAGGCGGUACGGUAGGGAACCAGCACUGAACAAUGACCGCUUCCCAAGAGCGUCGUCGCCCUACAAGGCAGACGCAGAUAAACAGAGUUCUCGCUUCCUGAGCUCGUCAAGAGAUUACAGCAGUUCUGACACCCGCUCCCCCACCUGGAAGCUGCCUUCUUUGACGUCCUCUGGCAGAUCUUACGAGCGCCCCUGGGCUGAAUCAUUUCUCGGCAGCAGGAGCAAACCGACCGAUUCUGAAGGGAGGUCAGGGAUUUCCUCGAGUGUGUUGAAUGCCAGCGACGAUGCAGAAUCAAAAAGGGCCAAACUUUCAUACAGCAAUCGACUGUACUCAAGAACGCCCAGCACCACGGUUACUGGAUCCACUUAUUCCAGUAAUGUGCUCAGCAGUGGCAGAGGUGCAAGUGACUCGCUUGAUUCAUCAUGGAGUUCAUAUCGUUUACUCUCCAGACCAUCCUCUUCCUCUUCGAAGCCACUUUUGUCCUCGAGAGAGCAAGAGAAAAAGACUGAGCCCAGCCUCUCAAGCCUGGGAGAAAGAAGAGUUAGGACUCCUGGACUGGCUUCCUCACUCUAUCAAACCGACAGGGUGACAUCCACAUAUGCACAAGGAGCUCGACCGAAAGAAACUACCUAUUCUCCCACCUCCUUCUCCUCCACCUCCACUGCGAGGGAGAGCUCUCUGAAUCGCCAUGCCUCGUCCUCUGCCUCUCAGCAGACGUCAUCGCGGCUGCAUGACUUAAGCAGCAGAAACGCAGCUCGUUUCGCGAAUGUUUCAUCCUCUCUCCGCUCAGCUCAGGAACAAGCUCGAAACCCCGAAUCCUCUGGUGUGUUCUCUUCAUACUCCUCCCACAGCCCCCGGCAGUCCACUUCCCCGAGAAGACCAGAGCCCACCGUCCCAAGGCCAUCUGCUGAAGGCGGAGAGCCGGAGAGCCGUAGCUCAACGCGCCGCUUGUUGUCUCGUCUUUUUUCACGGCGUUCCAGCCAGGACUCCUCCAGCGGCUCGUCUAGCAUUCGGUCGCUUGAGGAUGACAGUCCAUCAACUAGUGGGGAGUCCGUGGACAGCGAUGAGGGUGCUGGGACAUCCAGUGUGGACCCUGGCAUCGGAGGUGCAGGGACAACCUCGGAUAGCCUCAGGAAUCAUAGAACCGACCUCUCUCCUAUCCAAGAGAACAACACGGGUCAUAGUGGCCUGACCCGGCCCAGAAUGGCUUUAUGGAGAGAGCCUUCUGUAAGCAGCAGUGGAGGAGGAGGAAGGAGCUCAUCCUGGCUCUCAUCCUCCUUCCGUGGCCGCUGCCCUCCCCUCCUGUCUCGCCUCAGAAGGUAUGCAAGGGAAGACGGCACACACUCAGCCUCACGCGCAGAAGAAAGCUACAGCCAUCCACAGCAUUCACUAAGAAGGUGGGAUGACCUUGAGCUGAAGGCAUCGCAAGAUGAUGAGGAGGAGGAAGAUGAUGAUGAUGAUGAUGAUGAAGAAGAGGAGGCAGGGGCGUUUGCUUUGGAUGCUUUCGCUAACUCUUACGUUGACAGAAUAGAGGACGAAACAUUACCUGACCUGGAAGAUGUGUUUUCACCGCGGCGCAGACUUGGAGUACUGGAAAACCUUUCGACCUCUAUGGGACGCGUGGAGAGGCAGCCAGAAGACCAGAAGGAGACAACUCUUUCCAGCAAGGACCAGGAGAAGCUGCGCAGGAUCAAAGAGAAACUGUUGAUGGAGGAUUCCGACGAGGAGGAGGGAGACCUGUGCCGAAUCUGCCAGAUGCAGGAGGAGUCUUCUUCCAAUCCCCUGAUCCAGCCUUGCCGGUGCACAGGCAGCCUGCAGUACGUCCACCAGGAAUGCAUCAAGAGGUGGCUUCGCUCCAAAAUCAGCUCAGGAACAAACCUUGAAGCAAUUACAACAUGUGAGCUCUGUAAGGAGAAGCUGCGCUUAAAUAUUGACAACUUUGACAUUCAGGAAUUGUACAGGACACAUGUCCAGUCAGAAUACGAUGAGUUCAUCAGCAGCGGCCUCUACCUGGUGGUCCUGCUACACUUCUGUGAGCAGCGGUUCUCCGAUGUGCUCGGAGCGGUCGACGCAGCGGGGUUAUUCAACCUGGUGAGAAUUCUUCAUGAACACAUGGACAGUCUUGAAAGUCCCAAUGGAGAAAGCGACGAGGAAGGGCAGGACAGCCGUCCGUCCGUUGACUUCUCCGACCUGGACGACGAUCUCGAAGACUACUGAUGAUCGUAACGUGACGUAGUGGUUUUAAAAAGUAGGUCACAUGAUGAGGUUUCAGAGCUACUCCACGCCGUUUCGUAGCUCGCUCGGUUUUUCACCCUUGGCUUUGACGAUGUCAUGUUCAGGUGCAUCUGCAUUGAGAAGUGCCACAUGCAUAGAACAUGUCUCGCCAUUUGUCUCUGGUGGCUUUUGCACAUAUGCAAACUUGGGAUGAAUUAAUGCAUAACAUUUUGAAUAAGACCACUUUGUCUGUUUUGUUAUUGUGCACUUUAUUUUAUUUUAAAUUAAUAUAAAGUCUUUCUAAUGGUUUAUACCAUAAGUGCUUUAAUGGUUAAAUGAGGACAAGUAAUUUUUACUUCACCUGUGAUGAAAGAUGAGAUUUCAAGUCUGAAUAUAAAAUGUGGUUAUUUCUUUUGCUUUUCUUUCUAAUACAAAAAAAAAAUAGCUUCACCCCAUCAGCAUAUUGUAUUUCUUAUAAAUGCUCCAUGUAUUAGAAAUAGUUUUUGGUUUUUGAGUUUGGAAAUAAAGAUUGAUUGCAAACUG